GCACAUUUCCUCUUUGGGCCGAAAGUGCUACAAGCCCAGCGGGCCGGUCCCAACGCACCCAUUCCAGCCUCGCUGGGCGCAGGCCUGGGGCCCAAAACUCGCACGCCCGGGGCCUGCCGUGCGCUCGCUUGCUGCGCUGGAGUGAGCCCCAGAGCGCGGCCGCUGCGACGAGAGCACCCCCGUCAAACACAAAAAAACAGCGGAAAGAGAAGAAAAAUAGACACGGAGCCGGCAGGACCAUGUCACGUGAUGCCCGGGUCCCGCCGCCGCGCCCGCCGCUGUCCCGUCCCUCACGAUAUCCGCCCCCAUCAUAUCCGUCCCCCAGUAUAUCCGGCCCUGCCCUUGGGCCCUGCCCCAAUAUUGGCCCCAGGUGCGCGCGCGCCCGCGGAGGAAAAACAAAAACAAGCCCGGCGCCAGGAAAAAAUCAACCACUUGCUUUUGCUCCCCUCAACACAAAACUGACACCCGCCAUGUCCGAAUUCAAGAGUUACAGAAAGGCCGACUUGGCGAAGAUUGCCGCCAAGAUCGGCGCCGACGUGCGGUCCAAGGACACCAAGACCUCGUUGCUCGAAAAGAUCGACCAGCUCAUGGAGCAGCACCCCGAACGCACCAAGGCCUUGCUUGACCAGGACGACGACUUGGAGGUCGUGACCUUGGUCGACGAGCACGGCGCCUCCACGGAAAGCGAGGACGACAGCGAGGGCAAAAGCGCCGACGAAAGCGCCGACGAGCCCGCCACCAUUUCCGCCGCCUUAGCCGCCGACGACAAGGACUACAACGCGCCGCCGCCCAUCAACUUGAAGGAGUGGCUUGUGGACCCCGCCAUUGCGGCGUACAAGGCCGCGCACGACCAGGUCUUGCAGCUCACGGACUGCGUCGGCAUGACCGCCUUGGAAUGCAACGACGACUUGCGCGAGUCCUUGUCCAAGACGGUGUCGCUCAACUUCUUGGAAGCCGCCGUGGAGGCCUCGCACUUCCUCUACUUCUACGUGCCGCUCGUGCCCGUCAAAGACAACCGCUCGGUGCACCAGCUCCUCCGCGACAACAUCCCGUGCUUGAACCUGUGCUCGUGGCCGGUGCCGGACGUGACCGCGUUGGGCAACUUCAGCGUCAUGUCUAUCCUUGCCAGCUGGACGUUGUUUGCCGUCGCCUUGCCCUUGUUGAUCUCGUACUACGUGAACUUCUCCAGAAGAGUCGUGACCUUCGAGACCAGCGCCCGUUUGGACGACGACGAAGAAGAAGAAGAAGAAGAAGAAGAAGAAGACGUUCUGAUGGUCAUCAGGGCCUACAAGUACGACCCGUUCAUCUUCGCCUUGUCCAAGGUCUUGAUCCACUACUUUCUCCACAAGAACGCCGCGCUCACCAGCAUCGAGUCCUACCAGGGCCUCGUGCACGCGGUCAAGAACCUCGUCUACAUCCAGUUGGGCAUCUACCACACGUUCCUCGCCAACUUGGGCAGCUUCCCCCUCGUCCUUGGUCUUGCCAACGUCGUGGUUGCGCUCUACUCCCAGUUCGAAGACUACUAAGAGUUCAGCCGGCCGGGGCGGAGAGGCGCUGUUCCUGCCCCUAUCCCCUUUUAUUUCUGCCGCCUACAACCGCUAGACGCUAGUAUUACUAUCUUCAUCUUUGUUUGUUGUUCUCUUCCCCUACCCCCUCCUCAUGUUUGACCAGCGCCUCCCUUAGUCUCCCAUGUCUUUAUUUCCCGCCACUUUGUCUCGCCAGCAGGGAAAAUAUUGAUGGUUCAAGCUACUCUUGGAUUAUGCUAUAAUAUAUACUGGUACAAACACAAACACAAUGCAUUGUAGCUCCUCUACUUGACCGGCCACUUGGUCUGAAUGCCUAUGAGAUCCAAGUCCUCGGUGAGCUCUUGUGCGUUUGCCGCGCUGGGACCAAUGAACU